AGCUUCGUCGCCCCUCGCAGCUUCUUCAACUGGGGCAAAGGCGCGAGAGAAGCUGAGACGCCGCCACCGCAGCUGCAGCUACAUUACCACGACGUCGAGCUGCCGUUCCCCUUGUCGCUCGUGGCAAACACACACCUCAGAGAACACGCGUACCACACUUUUAGCACAAAAUUGUGGCAAAAUCAUCGGCGGCUAGCAGAUCUGAUGCCUCCUCCUCUCAUCAUAGUGGUCCACGGGGAGCAAUUUGAGUAUGUGCUCCGCGAAUUGGUUGCUUGCUGCGACAAAUCUGUACGCGGCGACAGCGGAGUCCGCCCUUCCUCAAGCCUUCUUCUUCCCUGACUCCAAUUCCAAUGGCUUAUAGCUGCUGGAUCCGAUGUUGCCUCAGCUCCCCUGUCACUGCUUUGCUUCUCAUGCCACUUUUGAUAACAUUUACGCAGCUGAAAAUUAGCAAAAAGAACCGUUGGUGUUAUUUUGGUUUUGUUUAUGUGCAUGUGAAUGUUGCAGAUCGUGAGCUCAAGUGCUGCUACAAGGCCACCGUGGACGGCUUCAGCGCCACGGACUUCCACCGGCGGUGCGACUUCAAGGGCCCAUGCGUCGUCGUCGGCUACACGGCCAGUGCCGACGCGGGGUUCAAGUUCGGCGGGUUCAGCCCGGAGGGGUACCGCAGCACGGACGACUACUACGACACGCUGGACGCCUUCCUCUUCUACUGGCCGGAGCUGGAGCCGGCCUCGGGGAAAGCCACCGAGCCGCCGCGGCCUGUGGUGCUGCCGAAGGUUGGCGGGAGCGGCGCGGCGCUGUUCGACUACGCGCGCGGCGGCCCCCAGUUCGGCGCCGACGGGCUGCUCAUUGGCCCACCGCUCACCGCCGUGAUGGGCGUGUUCACGGGGCCCGAUGCCAGCGCCGGCGCCGGCGACCUCCGGAGCGCGCGGUCGCGGCUCGGGCUGUCGUACGCGAGGCGGGCCGACGGGAAGGAGAGCCUGUUCGGCGACGAGCCCCGGGCCGAGCUCGCGGAGGUGCUCGUCUUCUGCAGCCCGCAGAUUGCGAGCCUGUACUGAUCGUUAGCUUCCAGCUCGAGCCUAGAGGGAGGAGUUCAAUCUAGCUAGAAAAUAAAUCUUGCGUUAUAUGAUAUGGUGUAAAGCUAAAUAUAAAUAACAAUGUGAAAAAUGUAGUUGGUUUACACACAAUUAUUAUAGAAUUUAGAGAAUGAUUUACACCCAA